CUCGCAGCCAGUUGGCAUUUACGAGAGGAUAAACAGACUUGGACGAAUUUGACGACAAACACGACAAUCUUCAGUAAAGAAUGGCUUGACUACAUUUCUUCACUAGCUUUCCUGGCCGCAGUAGAAGAUGAGUGAGGACGCCUAUGAGGUCCCGGAAAGGACCGAGUACCGCUACCUGGUGCAAGAGGAGGAUGAAGAGGAGGUGCAAUAUGUUCGACACAGACACUACAUCAGCCCUUUCUUGGUGCUGUCCAGACGUUGCAUUUUACUCAUCUGCCUUGGGGUUCUUGCCCUUCUCGUUCUGGCCACUUAUCUGGGCUACGUAGCCCAGACACUUCCACCUGGACUUGUCCAAGUGACCACUGACUGCGGCGAAUUUAGAGGAAGACAUAAAAAUGGGGCUUACUCCUUUAAGGGCAUGCCCUAUGCUGCUCCGCCAGUUGGUAACCUGCGUUGGGCACCUCCUGCCGACCCAGUGUGUAAGGAUGGAAUCACUGAUGCCAGCCGCUUCCGCAGUGUAUGUCCUCAAGUGCAACCGCUGUCAAGUCAGGGCAAGCUGAUGGGCCAGGAGGAUUGCCUCUUCAUCAAUGUGUGGACACCGACGCUCAAGGCCGACUCAAAGCUGCCUGUCGUGGUGUGGAUCCAUGGAGGCUACCUACACAUGUUCAGCGGUGGAGAGCCUGGGUACUCGCCCACAGAAACGAUGGCAGCAGAAACUGGGAUGGUGUAUGUCAGCUUCAACUACAGACUCAAUGCAUUUGGAUUCAUGGCACUGGAGAUACUAAGGGAAGGUUCUCCCAAAAACACGUCAGGAAAUUAUGGCUUCAUGGACCAGAUUGCUGCAUUAAAGUGGGUGCAAAGAAACAUACAUGUAUUUGGUGGCGAUCCAGGGAAAGUCACAAUCCUUGGGCAGAGUUCAGGUGGAACCUCUGUAUGGACCUUGAUGAUGUCGCCUCUUGCAAAGGAUCUCUUCCAUGCUGCAGUGGAUAUGAGUGGCUCAUAUGUAUAUAAUGCAACACUGGCGCAGGCGGAGUCAGACAAUCUGGUCUUUUUGAAAAACACUCGCUGCAAUGACCUUGCAUGCCUUAGAAGUCUCCCUGUUAAACAGAUAUUACAGGCUGUGCCAUGGCAGGAAUACCCCUCUUGGGCUGGAGAUGAGUUGACUGACCUUCCAACCAAGGGGCACUUCAAUGGCCCAGUUGCGGUAGUGGAUGGGUAUGUCCUCGAAGCAGCACCUUUUGAGAUAUGGGAAAAGAAAGGGUCCUACAAUGAUGUUCCCUUUGUCAUUGGGACAACAGAACAGGAAGUAGACUUCAGUCCGCCAGUUGAAAAUAUCUCUAUGUGGACAUGGGGGGACUACAGAUGGUUUGUGACAGAAAAACUCCAGUCUUUUAGUGAAAAUCUUCCCAAAGCAGCAUUGAAGCUUUAUCCUUCCUCUGACCCCUGCCCAACCAACGAUCGCUGUCCAGAGAGAGCGUACACGACUAUGGUCUCAGACAUCAGAGUGACAUGUCCCAACAAUGAUCUAGCCCAGAGGGCUGCAGCGGCUCUUCAUAGUCCUGUGUAUCGCUAUGUCCUGACCCAUACACCCUUUGGAGCGGUCAACACGACCAGUUCUGUGGUGCCAUUUCAUAGUCGCUUCUCUUUCCACUGCUUGGAUAUCAUGGCUUUCUUCGGGGGACUGGAGCUACUUUUCGGGGGACCGCUGCCUGAUCAAGACAAGAGUUUCCAGGACCUCCUUAGACAACAUCUUGUGCACUUUGCCAAAACAGGUAAGAUGACCGAUGAGUGGUUAGCUUACCCAGCAGCCACUGCUCUCCUGUCCAGCAAGCUUUUGGUUGCCAACAAUCACUCUUCUACUCGCUGUCAGUUCUGGAAGGAGAAUGGCUUGUAUGCGUACGCAUGGAUAAACUGAUUAUACAUUGAGGUUCAUAUGACAUAUUGUAAAGACUUUUGAAAAGUUAUCCAGCUAUCUUUUGAAUGUCCUUGAGUUUGAAUCAUGCUGUGAAGGGAAUAUUUUUUUUGUCUUAAUCAAAAAAACUUGAUUGUUAAAUGGUUUAAACAUUUAAACAAAAUGUCAAUAAAUUGUCAGUUACCCCCAUCUUUUUAGUCCAAAAUCCAAAAACAUGGUUUGUCAAUGUGGUUACCGCAUCUGGCUGUAGGGUCACACCUCGAGUUGGGCCUUAAUGUGCCCCGAGUUGGUACUCUGCCUUCCUCCCAGCGUAAAAACCUGCCAGCUCAAUUAAAUGAAGACCCUAACCGCUAUUUCUUGUGAGUCAAUGAAGAAUUGUUGUUUGUCUAUACGUGCUCUGUAAUUGUCUUCAAACAAGUCUAGGCUGUAUCAUGUCUAGACUGUCACGCAUGCGUGAGCUGGCUAAGGCUUCAGUUGUUGGAGGCUCUAAACAGGAUAAAUUAUGUAGUAAAAAAGUUCCUCAAAUGGAUGUCUACACUGUACCAUUGUUGUUUUUGCAGCCAUUUUAAUUUUUGUCGUAGUCUUAGUCUGUUGGACAAUAAUACUUAUUAGUCUUAGUCAUAUUUUGGUCAUUUCAAAAUGUGUUUGUUUUCUUUUAGUUUUUGUUGACUAAGACUCAGACUAAUUUUGUUGAGUUUUAGUCGACGUUAACUCAAUAUUUUCGCUCAUAAAAUUUGAAAUUUUCACCCCAAAAAUAAUUUAAAAAACAAAAGGUUUCCAACUACCUGCAGUAUAUCACAAGAGUGAGUAGACCCCUCGCAUUUCUGCAGAUAUUUAAGUAUAUCUUUUCAUGGGACAACACUGACAAAAUGACACUUUUACACAAUGAAAAGUAGUCAGUGUCAGUGUGCAGCUUAUAUAGUUCAUUUAUUUUCCCCCUUAAAAUAACUCAAAAUAUAGCCAUUAAUAUCUAAACCCCUGGCAACAAAAGUGAGUACACCCCUUAGAAACUACGUACAUCCCUAAAUGUCCAAAUUGAGUACUGCUUGUCAUUUUUUCCCUCCAAAAUGUCAUGUGACUUAUUACGGGAGUGCUGUCAGCAUUGCUGCAGAGAUUGAAGAGGUCGAGGGGUUGCCUGUUAGUGCUCAGACCAUACGCUCUUGUGUACCGUCUUCAGAAGAGGCUUCCUCCUGGGGAGACAGCCAUGCACACCAAUUUGAUGUAGAGUGCGGCGUAUGCUCUGAGCACUAACAGGCUGACCCCCCACCUCUUCUUCUCCUAACAUUGAUUUGUAAACGUAUAUCAUAUAAAACAAUGCCUUUUUGUUCGCAAUUUCUUUCGCACAGUGGAUAAACAAAUCAGAAGUGCCUUUACUGCUACUGCUACUGUUUUUUUUAAAGUAACACAUUGAUGAACAACUUGCUGACUUGGGUCAAAUAUUUUGGGUAAGCUUUCACAAUUUUAUGACAGUACUCUGCUGGAAUUCUGGCCCAUUCCUCCCGACAAAGGUGGUCAGUUGACUUGCUCGUACACGCCUUUUCAGAUCUGCCCACAAAUAUUCGACGGGGUUCAGAUCAGGGCUUUGUGAUGAUAACUCAAGGCACGUUUUACCCAUUUUGGCAGUACACUUUGGGUCAUUGUCAGAGGUUGGUUGUAUGGUGGUACAUUUUCUCCGUGACAUGUACUUACAUUACUUUUUGAGAAAAAUACUUCUGAGAGUAGUUUCAUCACGCCAUUCUUUUUAUUCCUACUAGUGUAGACUUUAAAAAUGCUACAUUUACUUAGUGGUAGAUGAAGAACUCUUUUUUUACUUAAGUAAAAAAAAUUUCAUUAAAAGUACAAGUACGUAAGAAAAAAAUUACUCAAGUAAAAGUACAAAACUAGCUUGCUUUAAAAUGUACAAGUAAAAAGUAAAAGUAUUUUCUACCGAUGCAAAAAUUUUAUAUAUUUUAAAUAUAUACGUAUAUAUGUAUUAUACAACCGUGCAGAAUGGAAAAAGUAAUACAAUUGACUGCAGUGUAAACAGAAGCUUAACAAGCUCAAUAAACUUCAAAACUUGCAAGCAACUAUCAGGUGCAUACACCACCUACUGUACAAGACUGUGCAGCACCCAUUUGAAGGCAGGCUGUUCUCACUGUUGUUUUUUUUAAUUGGUCAAUGUCUUGUUCACCUGCCUUAUCUUGCUUGUAUUUGUGUUGCUCCCUCUAGUGCUCAAUAACAGUAUGGUUUCAAGGGUCUUAUUGAUUGCGCAGGAAGCAUGAAAACGAAACUACCAAUUCACAAUGAAAGAAAAAUAAACAAAAGUAACGUUUAACGCAAGCGAUAAUUUGAAAAGUAGUGGAGUAAAAAGUACAGAUACGUGCUGUAAAAUGUGGUAAAGUAAAAAGUAUCACUUCAUAUUUGUACUCAAAGUACAGAUAAACAAAAAUGUACUUAAGUACAUUAACUCAGUACUUUUACUUCGUUACAUUCAACCACUGCUUUUACUCUGCUACUUUGGGCUACACUACAGUUGUUACAUUUGCCUCUUCAUUUCUACUUAUUUGAUUUGACUCAGUGAUGUUUUUGGCAGCCAUUUCAAUUUCCGUCUUAGUUUUCAUCUUUUGGACGAUAAUAUUUAUUAGCCUUAGUCAUAUUUUUGUAAUUCAAAAUGUGUUUGUCCUUGUCUACUUUUUGUUGACGAAAACUCGAGACUAAUUUCGUCUAGUUUGUAUCGACGUUUCACUCCAAAAAUAAGUAAAAGGUUUCCAAUGAACAUUGACAGAUGAGCAAAUAUUGUAGCAUCUACAAAUCUAUCACGUGAUAAUACACACUCAGCAGGAAAACAGUAGGCUACAUUAUUUUUCAUUAGUUAUACCCAUUGUAACGCCACGAACUCUACGUAAAAAAAGUUGUCCGAGAGUUUAGGAGGAUGCUCGCCGUUAGCAAUAGCCUAACGCUAAGGUGAACGUGAAUGCUUUUCUAAUGCUAUGAGUUACAUUUAGCACUCAGCACAGACCUUUAAAGGCUAAAACAACAUUGCGUAAACAAGCAAUUGGGAGACUGGCAAGGCCACUAGACUAGUGGGUGAGUUGGGGGGGGGGGGUCGUAGCACGUCACAUGAGUGACCCAACCAGGCAGGCUAACAACACAUACAUACAGUAUGUCACACAUUGUUAACAUGUGACGAAAACUAUGGCACAUACGGUAUUUGUCUCGUUCUCGUCUUGUCAGAUGAAAACUGGCAUCCGUGUUGUUAAGUUUUAGUCUUCCAAGGCAAGUUUUUAGCUCGUUAUCGUCUCGUCAUCGUCAUGAAAAAAUUGUUCGUCGAUGAAAUAUUUUUGUUAUAGUCAUCGUUGACAAAAACGACACUGAUUUGACUUUAUUUUUGUCGGAGAUGUCCACAAUGGCUCUAGCAGGUUCACUAAUGAGACCUAGCAACAAUAAUCACAUGACUCCAUUAUUCCAAUCAGAUGAAACAAUGCAGUCACCUGACCACACAUCUGCUUGCAGUCGGAAGUCCUAUGAUCACAACGGCCUGUUCAAAUGUGAUAUCUUUAAAGCACUGUAAAAAAAAAAAGACUUCCUGUUGAGAUAAUUAUCGGGGUUUGAUUUAUUAAAUGUUUGCCUGAUUGGUUGAUUGAAUAUUUGCUUAUGCUCAUAUAUACCAUAAAUAAUACAUACUGCCAUAUUCUUCUUACUUCUAAUUACUUUAUCUAAUUACUAAUUACUGUAAAUAAUAUAUUGCCAUAUUAUUCAUAUUAUUCAUAUAUAACCAGAUUGUAGUAUAAUGCUUAAGUGUUACAGAGUGUAGAAAGAGGGUCGGAGUGGCUUCAUGGCCACGCCGUUGUAUAACUAGACCUUCCAGGCAUCCUAGCACCUGGGGUUUUGGACUUUCACCUAGCCCCUCGAGGACGAUUCUCCAUCCGAGGACAUCUUCCAGGGCCACAGCGGUGCACAACUGGAAGUGUUUGGACUAAUCUGCUGAUUGUUUAACGUUGCAUAACUAAAAGUGUCUGCAUUAUUUUGACUGCUUAUAUAUUAUUUUGACUGUUUAUAUGAUUGUUUUGAUUGUUUACAUAAGCUCUUGCUCCACACACGUGUAUCACUUAAAUUCCACCUACAUGCACACACAUAGCCAAUAAAAAAACACAUGGGUGUCGCUAGCUUGCUCUCCCCUCCUUUAAGGCGGCGCCCCUAUUGUUCAGGGAAUACCCCUAAAUAAAAUACC